CCAGUUGUCCUUGGUGUUAUUGGUGAUCGGAGCACUUCUGCUCUGGUCCUCAUUCCGCCAUCCUUUUCAGCUGGUUCGCCUUGUUGCGGCCAUUUGUGCGCAGAGUAACAUGCUGAUGGAGGGGCGAGGGAAUAACACCAUCAACCUCGCCUCAUGGCCCUCUGCACUCCCCAGCGUAGUGUUUCUACUUGCAGCGCUUGGCAGUGGUAGCAAUGCAAUUAUUAUAUCAGCUUGUCUGAACACUUCGCACUGCCCAUGGCGACCCGUCGGGAGGACGAUGAACGUGUUACCAUGAAGAUGUUGUGACGAAAGUGUUUGUCUGAAACGUAGCUGAAAACAGGAUGGCGCAGGGAGUUCAGGUCCUUGUCUUAGCUUUCACCGGCCAGGCGUUUGGACAUCGGACAGUCAAGAACUUGAAGAAGGUGAAGCUGAGGAGCUGUGACAACAAUUUACAAACAUGGAUCCGUUACGACGGCCCUAUUCUGCACCCGCUGGACAUGUGAGGGCUGAAGUACAUUCCUCAAGGCAGCGGCACUUCAGCGUCUCUUCACUGCGUAUGCGGGAUUUCCCCAGACAUGUUUGCACGGACGGUCGAGGUGUGGAGGAGACGACUCGCAGCCAACUACCUAUACGAUGCUCGUCAGUUGCUUCGGGAUCGUCCGGAUUUCUGCAGCACAACCCAAGAAUGCCCCUUGGGCUUGUAGACUACGACCAGCGGAUGCCAGCGCAGGAGACAGUGCGCGAAAGCUCUGGAGGUUUGUUUCAACCAAGGGUGUACCAUCCUGGUCGUGCAGCGUUGCCAGAACGUACUAUUCCUCCACUGCGACUUCCCCAAGAUGUCCCACAGCAUGAGGGAGGCAGUUUUGUGAAUCGACCAACAACGUUAGCCUCGAGACGUGAAGGCACGUCAUGCUUCUCUACAGGCACUUCCAUGCCAACUCUUGGCGACGUGCCUGCAUCUCUCAAAUGCCCGAUAUGCCGGAGUAUACUGUGUAAACCAGUACAGACCGCCUGUGGCCAUCGCUACUGCAUGUCCUGUCUGGAUUCUAUCUUGAGACGUUCCAACUCAUCGCCAUUAUGCCCCGUGGAUUCUCAAACAAUUCAUCCAGCACAGAUAUUUGCCGACAAGCACUGUGAGCGUCAGAUACUGGCCUUGCCGGUUCAUUGUCACCACAGCAACAUUGGAUGCCCCUGGCGUGGCACUUUCAGCGGACUUCCGGAGCAUUUGUUGGAUUGCGACUACGAGCAGUUUCAGUGUCUUCAUGUUGGCUGUACGAUGCGGUCAAUGGUGCGUCGUGACAUGGACAGGCACAUACGCUACGAGUGUGUGCACCGCAUUGUCACGUGCGAAUACUGCAGUGCGCCGUUUGCCCAGCGUGCGUUGGCCAAGCACCAGCGGCGCGACUGUGCGGAGUAUUCUGGGCCCUGUCCGAACGCGUGUUGCAAGCUGAUCAAACGCGGCAAUCUUGACCGCCAUACACGGCUGAACUGCUCGGACCGCCGGCAAACCUGCCCCUUCAACGGAGUCCGCUGUGAAUUUCAGGGUACACCCGCUCAAGUCACACAGCACUGUACAGACCACCAACAGCAGCAUCUUGUAAUGGUGGCCAGAGAGCUAGGCCGCGAGAGUGACGCUGUGUACGACCACCUGGCUAUGGUUAUGCUGAGAGUGGCUCACGUAGAGGAAACGCUCAGUGCAGAGGUGAAAUCUGUAACGGCAAAGCUGGCCAGGUUGAGGCAAGACGUCGAGACAAGAUUGAAGGCAUUCAAACGGAUCCCUGAUUCCCCUAAACCCAGCAGCCCUGCAGUGCCAGAGACAGAUCUGCGCCUUCUCUCAGCGGAAACAAGCAGCUACGAUGGCGUCAUCAUCUUCAAGAUCAACAACUUCACACAACGACUAGAGGACGCACGUACCGGCCAACGAGUCAGUCUAUACAGUCCAACUUUCCACACCGGUCGUCAUGGUUACAAGGUGUGUCUUCGUGUGUACCUCAAUGGCGACGGAUCGGGCAAAGGCUCUCACAUCUCCGUCUUCUUCACCAUCAUGAAGGGAGAAUUUGAUGGCCAGGUCAGUUGGCCGUUUCGUUUCAAGGUUACGUUUGCCAUCCUUGAUCAAGGGCAGGCACGCCAUCACCACAUUGAGUCGUUCAUCCCGGACCCGCACAGCAGUUCAUUCCAGAAACCCGUCAACAACAUGAACAUCGCCAGCGGAUGCCCGAAGAUGAUCAGCCACAGCGAGCUGUACGACAAGCAAACAAGCUACCUUCGCGAUGACUGUCUCUACAUCAAGGCAUGGGUGGGCCAGUCGGCCAGUGUUAAACUGGAUGACUGAGGCGGGUAUCCAUGAGCAAACCCACACAUGCUAGACUUCAAGUACGGUAUGUUCACUGGGGAGUUGUAGCGUCGACACGCUUCUAAAAGCCAGGGUACCCGAGUGCAAGUGAAGCCUAACCCUUAUUGGCAGCAUGUGGAAGAUCAGUGACUUAUUUACCUCAGGCAAGACCAACACCAUCUUUUGGCCACGGUCACUUGCUAUGCCUGCCCAGAAAGUAUGUCGUGGGGUGUACUUAUAUACCCCAGGCCUCCCUAAACUCUCUUUGUUUCCUUGAUUACUAUUGCAAUCACCCCCCCCCCCCCCCACCACCACCACCACCAUCACAUAACCCUCCUCUCCGUCUGUCUUUACUGUAGUCUAUUCUGUUAAAAUAAUUAUUUUAAUUUUUUUGGUAACACUAAGGGUAGCAGCUGCCCACAAGAACAAAAUGUAAUGGUAUACAUGCUGGUUUCACACGUACACUGUACGUAUGCUAUAAUCUAUACGUAUGCAGUUAACGGCUUCGCACCUGGGAUGACUGCCCCUAUGGCACACAUUUCUGCAUCAUUACUUUUCACCGUUUUGCACUAUUCUCGAACCUUUUAAACAAUUUUUUUUGAUCUUGACUGGCACUCCCUUCGUCCAGUCCACCCGUUGGCUGUUUUAGCCGCCACGCGGCUUAUGGCGCUGUGGUCCCUGUGGUGUGAUUCUGCUAGUACUAGUACCUUACAAGUAGACAACAAUAAUCAAGUAUAUUAUGACUGCGUCUCUA